UGCAUAUUGCAACACUUUUACAUAGCAUAGUAGUGUAGGGGGUAUCUGCGACCAAUGCGCCAUGGCACUAGCACCUGUUGUACCUGGAUCGCUGAGGCUUCCUUAAAUUUUCGAUAAGAUUGCAUCCGUCCGUAUCACCGACUUCCGGACCACAGACCAUAAAGAUGACAAUAAGGGCUUUGGAAAAGGUCUCUGUUGGCCAGAAUGGCGUCGGUGCCUUCAUCCUGCAAUGCAGGAAGAUGGAUAUUCAUUACUGCGACCAGUCUGGAAGCUCGAGAGGCAUGAACGGUUUCAUUAAGUCCCAGCUGUCCAAGUUCGCAUCAAACAACCCCCAGAUCGAGUUCGCCGUAUCUCCUCGACCGCGGAAGCAUCCAGUCCUCAUUGGCCACUACAUCAACGGCAAGCAGAAAUCAAUUUGCGUCAAGAACAUGGAUUCGUUGCAAAUUUUGAAGAAGGUCGAGUUGCUUCGCGACGCCAGUGGAGAGAAGAUAAAAAGAGUCAACAAACCAAUCACAAGUGUAAACGAAAGUGUGCGUGGUGUAUGGAGUCCCUACCAUGGAAAUGGUAUGCCGGUAUAGAGGACUGCAUUACUGGCCAAGGAAUCGGGAUAUGGUCGUUUGUAUGACUACGUGAUAGUAAAUGUCACAGCAUGGCGAGCACCUGAAAUGUACGAUAAAGGAUUCGGCGCAUAUAUCACGAACAUUACAAGCUCAGGGGAGCACUACGAAGGAAGCAUUUUUGCAUUACGAAGACAUUUUUUCACAACUCAUCAUUGAGCCCCGCCAUGUUCAAAUUUGGAAAGGAGGCGGCCACGGGGAAGGGGACUCGAUUACAUGCGUAGGUUGGUUGCAAUUGCUACAUGGAGCUAAGAGUUGAUAUAAGCAAUAGGCAAUCCCUUAUCCGCUAUAUAGCCUCAAACGAUAUAUUUGUUUCUGUGUCCUUACAAUCUGCAGUUGAUGAUGUCGACGACUA